GUUUAUUUCCCCAGUAAAAUUAGAAGCAAGAGGCAGAUUUUCAGCAGUAUUUUGCGUAUUUGUUGCAUUCUUUGAUAUUUAAAGAAUGGCAGUAACUAAGGAAGGUGGACCGACACACUUUUAUGAGGAAAUCGAACCCUUUUGUCGAUGGAGGAGAACGGAAGACGUCGACAUAGUUGAGCUACAUCUUCCUUCAGGUUUAAAGAAAGAGCAUCUCAAAAUACAAAUUAGCAACACCGGUAUACUAACAAUAACAGGAAGCUGUCCUGUGGACAAAACCAAAUCAAUUAAGUUUAUGAAAGAAACGAAAGUUGCAAGAAGUUGUAACAGAAAUGAGAUUCGUGCAAAGUUCUCAAAGGGAGUUUUAUACGUGACAAUGCCAAAGACAAGCCCCGCAGCAGUGGCUCCUUAUCUUGGUGGUUCUAAAGGAAACACAUCAGGAAGAGACAGUAAAGUAGAUGAUGAUGGGAGUAAUAUAGCCAAGUGCGGACGUGAAUCUCAUAGUAAGUUUGGCUCAUUGAAGGAAAGACUAUGGAGGAAGCCAGUCAUUGAGGGUGUGGCAGCUGUGGUGGUUGUGGUUGCUGCUAUUGUAGGAGCGGUUAAAGCCUACCAAUGUGUUAUGGCAUCACCUGUUUGAUCAUAUUUCACUAAGUCUAUACAUUGUUUCCAAUGGUAUAAUUAAAUAAAUAAAUUUCUUUUCACUUUAGAGAAGUUAUUCGUCUUUAAUAUUAAACUGUAUUAGCGUCAGCAAGAUACGCAAGCAUUUAACAUAAAUAAAUAACCAUAUUUGAAUUUACCAUA